AUGUAUUUCCGACAAGAGUCAUCGUCAGCAAACAAGCCUCCACCUUCAAUUCCAAGACCAAGCUCCUCAGUGCUCCUUGUGUCGCCGGCUAAUGAGGUUCUCCUGCUUCACCGCGUCCACACUUCUUCUUCGUUUGCAUCAGCCCACGUAUUUCCAGGUGGAAACUUAGACCCUUAUCAUGACGGUGCUAUCCCUGAGGAAGGCUCUACAGAGAGGCAUCAAGAUGGGCUCGCAUACAGAAUAGGUGCAAUUAGGGAGACUUUUGAAGAAACUGGUAUCUUACUUGCAAGGAAGGACAACGAGCUUAUAAAUUUGGACGUUAAGGACAGAGACGCUGCGAGGAAGAUGAUCCAUGGGAACCAAGUCAAGUUUCUGGAAUGGCUCAAGUCAGUGGGAGCCGAGCCAGAUCUCGAUGGCCUCAUUCCGUUCACACGCUGGGUCACACCAGCAACCAACAACAAGCGCUUCACGACGCAGAUGUAUCUGUAUAUGCUCCCACAAUCAAGCAGCGAUAUGCCAUCUGAGAUGCUCAUCCCAACACCUGACAAUGGGGUUGAGCACACAGCCGCGCUCUUCGCACCAGCGCAAUCCUUCCUCUCCCGCGCCUCCACCAACAGUAUCAUUCUUUUCCCACCACAGUACUUCCUCCUAACACUGGUUGCAAAGAUCAUGAAGAGUCCGUCAGAAGGAACAAGACCGAAUCGAAUUUCAGAACAGCGGGAGCAGCUACUCUCUUUUUUGGAGCAGGUGCCCACAGCAGAGACAGAGAAGGGCAAGCAACACAAAACAUCCAUGAUUCCCUGGGCCGACAAAGUAAUGAGCCCACAUCAUCUGUUCAUAAGGAAAAAGGACAAGAGGAUUGUAUUAGGAAUAGACAAGCCGGGACCAGAGCUCAGAGGCUCAGAAAGAGGAGGGGAUUGGGAGCAUGUGGUUCUCGUCAAUUUCGGCAAAGGCGGACCGACCGACGUCGAAGUUAGGGAAAGAGAACAGGUUCUGGAAGAGGAGAGACAGAGCAAAGCUCAAGAAGAGAAACUAUGA